AUUCAUGAUUUGUAAUUUGUUAUUGUUAUUGAAGUUUUUAUUCUCAUUGGUAUAUUCGUGAGUGAUUGAUAAAUGGAAUAAAAUAUAUCAUUUCUGCUACCGUGAAAGUAUUCGUAAUAGGAGAUGAAAUUGUGAAGUUAUCAAAUAAGAGAAAUAUUGGAACAUAUAGAGAAUUCUUCAAAAUGCUAUUUGACAAUUUGAGCAAGUGUUUACAGGAAAAUCCUAAACUCCUAUAUGAUGAGGCUUGUGUUGAUAUUUUCAAUUAUCUCAACCAUAGUAUUACAAUAUAUCAUCAGUAUACAGAAUGCCACUUGUGUAAUUUCCAACCAUUAACAACAAUAGAAGCAAAUAGUUCAACUUCCAUAGUUGCAAAAACAACUUCUGAUUUACAAUUCAACUACACUACUGAUAAUGGGUUCUGCUCUUAUCAACAAUUGCUGUAUGAACAUUAUCAAUAUGGAUGGAAUAUAACAGAGGAAUGCUCACCAAUGUACAUAAAGGAACCUGCAGACAAUGCAUACCUGCCAAUUUUGAUGGCUUUUGUGAUACUCUUUUCUUUUGGAACAGUUUGGUAUAUGAUUAAGUUUGUUUAUAGAAACAGUGAAAGACUCAGAAGACUUAUUGUUUGGAAUUCUGAGAUUGAACAUGAUCUAGGUAGUUCCACAUCAGGUACACCUCUGAUUUUUGAAAGGCAGCCAAUAAUACCCAGGAAACACCCACAAAGAAUCAAAUCUAUAGAUGUCUUCAGGGGUCUCUGCAUAACUGUCAUGAUCUUUGUCAACUAUGGAGGUGCCCAAUACUGGUUUUUUAAGCAUUCUACUUGGAAUGGCAUAACAAUUGCUGAUCUUGUCUUUCCAUGGUUUUUGUGGUUGAUGGGGUUAUCCUUGACAGUAUCAGUUCAAAACAAACUGAGAAGCCUUGUCCCCAGACGUCUUAUGAUAUUUCAAGUAAUACGAAGAUCAUUAAUAUUAUUAUUACUGGGCCUGAUAUUGAACUCAAACAAGAACAUGUCAACCAUAGCCGAGCUAAGGUUUCCAGGCGUCCUACAGCGUUUGGGACUAACAUACCUAGUGGUUGGCCUGUUAGAAGUUGUAUUCACUAAAAGAACAGAGAUUGAGGACGUUUCUCUACUGCAAGACAUUACAUCUGCUUGGCGUCAAUGGUUAGUAGUCAUCUCGUUGACAGCUGUUCACACUUCUGUUACAUUGAUGGCCGAAGUGCCAGGAUGUCCUAGAGGCUAUAUGGGGCCGGGGGGACUGGAUAUGAACGGACGAUUCUUCAACUGCACCGGUGGCGUAGCAGGUUAUAUUGAUCGUGCAAUCUUCGGAAAUCAUAUGUACAAACACGCUGCCUGCCAAAGAGUUUAUGAAAAUACGGAAUUCUAUGAUCCAGAAGGUAUUCUAGGGACGUUAACCUCAAUUCUCACAGUAUAUCUCGGGGUACAGGCUGGAAGAACUUCAAACACUUACCAAAAUGUGAAAUCAAAAAUGAUAAGAUGGAACAUUUGGGGCAUCAGCAUUGGCCUUAUCGGAGGAAUUUUGUGCUUGUUCAAAAGAGACGACGGCCCAAUCCCUCUCAACAAACAACUAUGGUCGCUGUCGUUCACUUUGGUCACGGCCGGGAUGGCCUUCAUCAUCCAAGCGUAUUUGUUCUUGUUAGUCGACAUCCUGAAGAAAUGGGGAGGCAGGCCGCUGUUUUAUCCCGGCAUGAACGCGAUUGCCCUGUACUUGGGCCACGACCUUCUGAAGGACACUUUCCCGUUCGGCUGGAAACCGACGGAGGAUACGCAUGCCACUUUUUUGUUUAUGAAUCUUUGGGGUACUUUCCUCUGGGUGGCCAUAUCUAUUUAUCUCUAUAAACACAAUAUUUUCCUAACUAUUUGA